UUUGCCUUGGUUUGACGGAAAACAUCCAGCGCUGCCAGUUUUGGUGUUAGAAUGUUCAAUAAAAAGCCCAAGAGAAACUUUCGACAAAGAAAAGAUGAAUCCAGCGACGAAGAGGAUGAGCACACAAAUGGAGAUAAAGAUGAAAAAAACGAGCCUCAUGCUGUAUCUGCCGUUUGCGACGUAAUAUACAAGCCGUCCAGAUUGCCCCAAGGCCGCGGCAUCUCUUGUACCUCCAAACGGGAAGCGACGUCUCCCAAAUCGGACAGUGAUGGAGAAGAAGGGACGAAGACAGAAUUGACAUCAGUAAACACGGAGCUGAGUAAAUCGAGAGUAAGAAAGAAAGAUAAAAAGAACGUCGUGCUGAGUUUCUCCGACGACAAAGAAGCCGAGGGAGCAGAGUUUAAGCUAAGAAAGUCAUCUGAUAAAGCGGUGGUGUUCCAAGCUAGAAGGAAGGAGGGUUCAUCCGCCAAGAAUUUUCACAACAAUGCCCCAACUGGCAAAGAUUUUUCGCCAUCUGCUUCCCCCAGGGAGGAUUCUAGCAGCCAGGCCUCACCAUACACAUCCCACCGUGAGGAUGAUGAAGAUGAUGACGUGUCAUCCUUGUCUAGCUCAGCUUCCUCACCGGCCCCCAGCUUCUAUGCUCCUAAAACAGUAAUUAUCCCAGAUGCCAAAGAAAUCCAGGCUGCCAGAAGGCAGCGCCGCGAGAUUCGAGGCCAGAAAGAGUUCAUUGCCCUGGAUAGGGAUUACCAAAGCUCCCCUGGUAGCAGCCCAGACCAUCAGAGCAGAGACGAUGAACAUGAUGACAGUGAUGUUGAUAAUGAUGACGAUGAGCCAGAUGAUCAUGAGCGAAGGAUCGAGUUUGCUCCACGGACGAAGGGCAUCAGGGAGAGGAUUGCUGAGAAAAUCGGAGGCAGUGAUGGCAGUGUGUCUGACUCAGAGAAAGAGGAGCAGGAGCUGUGGGAGGAGACGCAGAUUGGGAAAGGAGUCAAGAGAUGUCCAGCAGAACAGUGUCCUUCAGGCAGUGAUGCCAGCAGCUGCACUGACACCAGUAACAGUAGGAGAGACAAACUAAGACAGAAGAAGAGGUCAAGAAAGUUGAAUAUCCCAGAGAGUCUGCCUGCUGUCACUGUCUCUAUGGUCAAGAGGAGGAUCACAGCAAAGCUGGAUUCCCUGAAGGAGGUGCACAGAGCACGACAGGCAGAUCUGAGAAGGAUGGAGGGUGAUGUGGAGAGUGCUAGAACCUCCUUGGAGAACCUGGAAGAAGGUUCCUCAGAGAGCCAGCUAAAGUUCUAUAGAGCCUUGACCCUCUACGUCAACAACCUGGUGGAGUGUCUACGAGAAAAGGUAAUUGAGAUUAACUCAUUGGAGCUGGAGGUGCACACUCUCCUGUCUGACCAGAUGGAGGUGGUGAUAGAACGCAGGCAAAAGGCUAUCAGGGAGGAGGCAGUGCGCCUGCAAAAACUCAGCUUUGGCACUGAUGAACAGAUUGACAACUCUGGCAAGGGUACACAGACUCAAGGUGAGGCAAAUAAAGGGAAUGAAGGUGAAGAAGACUUUUGUGAUGCACUUGAAGACACACAGACUUCAGCAGAGGAAGAGGAGAAACUGCAGAGGCAAAGAGCUGAUAUUCUAUCCCGGUCCCAGGCAGUGUUUUCUGAUGUUCAGGAGGAGUUCUGUGACAUCAAAAAGAUUCUGUCCCAUUUUGAGGAAUGGCGACAAACCUACUCAGACUCCUACCACAGUGCCUACAUCUCCCUGUGUUUACCGAAGUUAUUGAACCCUAUCAUAAGGCAUCAGCUGCUACCAUGGAACCCUUUAGAGGAUGGCAGUGGGGACUUCGAGGCCCUACCAUGGUACAGAGCAGUGGAGCUAUUCUGUCAUGGUGAGGGUUUCCAAGAACUAGAACACACUGACAGACAGACCCUGCCCAAUGUUAUAGAGAAGACACUCCUACCCAAAAUGACAGCCUAUGUGGAGCUGGUAUGGGAUCCUCUGUGCCGCCGACAGUCAGUUUGUUUGUCAGAUCGCUGUCACAGACUAAGGGAAGACUUUUCCAUCUUCAAAGAAGAGCAAAGCAAACCAGUUAAGAAGAGAGAAGGAGAAGGCGAGGGGGAAGGCAUGUGCAGAGGCAGCGGAAGAGGAGGAAGGGUAUUCUUGGAGGCUGUGGUCUGCAAGCUUAGGAGUUGUGUUGAUGAGGAUGUCUUCAUCCCUCUUUAUCCAAAAAAGUUUCUAGAGGACAAAUCAUCUCCUCAGUAUCGCUUUAGAGACAAACAGUUCUGGAUGGCUGUAAAGCUGCUUGGUAACAUUGGAAAAUGGGAUUUGCUUCUCUCUGAAUCAAUAUUAAAAGAGCUGAUGUUGGACAAACUGCUGAAUAGAUACCUGAUGAUCACUCUACUUAACCAGACAGAGACCAGCGACACUGUCCACACUUGCAAGAAGAUUGCACAUAGUCUACCGGCCUCCUGGUUUGAUGGGAUGAGUGUCUGUCUGCCUCAGCUCCAGUCUUUCAGCAGCCAUCUAGUUCAAACAGCUCAUUCCAUCAGCAAACAGUCCCCAGAGGAUUCUAAUACCAGGUCUGCAGUCGUUGAAGUCCUGCAGGUUUUGAGUAAAAUCAGGUCCUUUGACUGUAUCUUGGCUAUAGCAGAAAAAUAUCACUAUCAAGACCUCAUCUACUCUCAUCAGCUACUGAACCAAGAGGCAGUAUGAACAGUAACGAUGUUGGACUGCAACCUUGAUCGGGGGGUGGAGGAGGAGGGCUUCUCCAGCUGUAAUGUAUGCAAUGCAGCAACAACCAGAACUGAACGAUGACGAACAAUAUUAAUUUUAUUGCACAUAGGACAGUAUUUCCAGCCACCAAAUCACAUGCAGAUAGAUAACAUGUGAUCAUAAUUGCAAUCCCUUAUUUGUGUUGCCAAUUCGUAAAUAAAGUAAAAAAUAGACAGAAAAAGGUACAACAUAAAUUGAGUGUGCUGGAGAAGAGGGAUCGAUGUUGGAAAGCAGUUUUACUUUAUUUUUUACCAUCUGACCUGUUGAUUGUGAAUAAAUUUGCCAGAUCAGGCUUUUGUCAGCUUAUAUUUUCCCAAAAGGAUUUUGUACAUGUUGUAUUUUAUGAAUAAACCCUGAAAUUUCAGUAAAAGAUCUCUA